AUGGCCAAAGGACCACUCGCUUCAUCCCCUCCCGCGGCGACUCCGCUGAAACGGUCGAAUUCAAGCACCCAGAACAUGAAAAACCAAAAGUCAAUCCUUGGGUUCUUUCAGAAAUCAUCGCCAUCUACUCCCUCCACGCGCAACGGGGAACACGCCUCGUCGCCAGGCCAGAAAGCCGCUGAAUCCGUCAAGCGCGACGAGAAGUCCGCGAAGAUCGCCUCCAAGUUCACGCAAGACUUACCCCCAGUGCCGAGUUCUGAACUGGGAAUACCAGAUGACGAUGCGGAGGACAAGACGCAGUCUACCAAGAAAGUCAACUAUGUUGAAUCUGAUUCCGAAGGUGAAGACGAUGACGAUGAGAUAUUCCGACCUACUCGAAAGAACAGCCGCGCCUCGAAGAGGAGAAAGUUAUCGCCUGAAAGUGACGAUGAGUUCGAAGAGGAAGAAGGCAAUGCAGGAUACUCCGAGGAUGAAAUGGAUGACUUUAUCGUGCCAGAUGAUUCAGACGACGAGUCAAGACCGUCCAAAAAACGAAAGAAGCCUGCCGUUCAGCUGAAGAGAAAGUCCUCUUCUAUGCCUCCCCCACCUGCGGUUGACGAAGACUCCGACCUUAUCCUCCCUGAGGCUUCAUCGGGCUCCGCUUUGAAAUGGACAUAUGAUCCCAAUAAUCUGGAGCCCCGCGAGGCUCGAGCCAUAACUACGACCACUAGCAAGACCUCAUCAAGUUCUGCCAAGCCGAAGGCUCAUACCACCGAACCUGAGCAACGUUAUCCUUGGCUUGCUAAUAUCCGGGAUAUCGAUGGCCAUCCGAUUGGAGACCCUGAAUACGACCCCAGGACACUAUACAUCCCUCCUCUCGCUUGGUCAAAAUUCUCUCCUUUUGAGAAGCAGUACUGGGAAAUCAAGCAAAAGUUCUGGGACACUGUGGUCUUUUUCAAAAAAGGCAAGUUUUACGAAUUGUAUGAGAAUGACGCCACUAUCGGACAUCAAUUGUUUGACCUAAAACUCACUGACCGGGUGAAUAUGCGCAUGGUUGGAGUUCCGGAAUCGAGCUUGGACCACUGGGCAAACCAAUUUGUGGCCAAAGGAUUUAAGAUUGCAAGAGUAGACCAGUCCGAAUCAGCUCUCGGGAAGGAAAUGCGUGAACGAGAUGGCAAAAAGGGUGGUGGUAAAGAAGAGAAGAUCAUUAGGCGGGAGCUGGCCUGUGUUCUCACGGCGGGCACGCUCGUUGAAGGUGCCAUGCUCCAAGACGACAUGUCAACUUUCUGCGUGGCAAUUAAAGAAGCUAUUAUUGAGAACCUUCCGGCCUUCGGAAUCGCUUUUGUGGACACCGCAACGGGUCAAUUUUUCCUCACGGAGUUUGUCGACGACGUGGAUAUGACCAAGUUUGAAACUUUCGUGGCGCAAACACGCCCGCAAGAGCUUCUUCUCGAGAAAUCAACUGUCUCUCAGAAAGCUCUGCGCAUUUUAAAAAACAAUACUGGACCGACAACAAUUUGGAACUACCUCAAACCAGGCAAGGAGUUCUGGGAGGCCGAUAUUACCGUCAGGGAACUCGAUGCGAGUGAAUACUUUGUCUCUCAAGAUAACGAUAAUAUCCACGCGUGGCCAGAGGCUCUUCGUCAGGCCCGCGACAAGGAGCUUGUCAUGUCAGCUUUUGGAGCGCUGGUACAAUAUCUCAGGCUCCUAAAACUCGAGCGGGAUCUGAUAACAAUCGGCAACUUCUCUUGGUACGAUCCAAUAAAGAAGGCGUCCAGCCUUGUCCUAGAUGGCCAGACUCUUAUCAACAUGGAGAUCUUUGCUAAUUCCUUUGAUGGGGGUGUUGAUGGAACGCUUUUCCAGCUCCUCAAUCGCUGCAUGACGCCCUUUGGAAAACGAAUGUUUAAGCAAUGGGUAUGCCACCCCUUGGUAGAUCCACAACGCAUCAACGCCCGGUUAGAUGCUGUGGAUGCCCUAAACGCUGAUUCCAGUGUACGGGACCAAUUUGCUUCACAACUCACUAAGAUGCCUGAUCUGGAACGCCUCAUAUCCCGUAUUCACGCCGCGAAUUGCAGGGCGCAAGAUUUUGUAAGAGUUCUCGAAGGCUUUGAACAGAUCGAGUACACCAUGAGCUUGCUCAAAGAUAGUGGCUCUGGAGAAGGUGUUAUUGGGCAGCUAAUCAAGUCCAUGCCUGACCUGACAGAAUUGUUGGAGUAUUGGAAAACUGCAUUCGACCACAAUCAAGCGAAGGAGUCCGGGAUCUUGGUUCCCAAGCCAGGAGUUGAGGAAGACUUUGAUAGCUCCCAAGAGACCAUCAGACAACUGCACCAAGACCUCGAUGAUCUUCUAAAGCGGACCCGGCGGGAGUUAGGUUCUACAGCUAUCUGCUACAGGGACAACGGGAAAGAGAUUUACCAAAUGGAGGUGCCAAUCAAAGUGAAGAACAUCCCAAGGAACUGGGAUCAGAUGUCUGCUACCAAGCAAGUCAAACGCUACUAUUUCCCUGAGCUCCGAACAACAAUUCGCAAGCUGCAAGAAGCUCAGGAAACGCAUAGUCAAAUUGUGAAAGAGGUCUCUAAACGAUUCUAUGCACGAUUUGACGAGCAUUAUUCCACCUGGCUCUCUGCUGUUCGGGUUGUCUCACAGCUAGACUGCCUUAUUAGUUUAGCCAAGGCAUCGUCCAGUCUAGGCGAACCAAGCUGUCGCCCUACAUUCGUUGAGGAUGAACGCAGUGUUUUAGAGUUUGAGGAGCUUCGACAUCCUUGCCUUAUCUCCUCUGUUGAUGACUUUAUUCCCAACGAUAUACAACUGGGCGGCAGUGGCCCCAAUAUUGACCUACUCACUGGAGCCAACGCCGCCGGAAAGUCAACUCUACUUCGCAUGACUUGUGUUGCAGUAAUCAUGGCGCAAGUCGGUUGUUAUCUACCCUGCAGGUCCGCCCGCCUAACCCCAGUGGACCGCAUCAUGUCCCGUCUCGGCGCGAACGACAACAUUUUCGCAGCCCAGUCCACAUUCUUUGUUGAACUAUCGGAGACCAAGAAGAUUCUAUCAGAAGCGACACCCCGCUCUCUCGUCAUUCUCGACGAAUUGGGCCGUGGAACUAGCUCUUAUGAUGGAGUCGCUGUCGCCCAAGCCGUCCUUCAUCACGUCGCCACGCACAUCGGCGCAUUAGGGUUCUUCGCAACCCACUAUCAUUCGCUGGCUGCUGAAUUUGAGAACCAUCCUGAAAUAAAGCCGAAGCGAAUGAAAAUUCACGUUGACGAGAACGAGCGUCGAGUCACGUUCUUGUACAAGCUUGAAGAUGGCGUUGCUGAGGGGAGUUUCGGCAUGCACUGUGCGGCAAUGUGCGGAAUCCCAAAUAAGGUGAUUGAGCGCGCUGAGGUCGCAGCUAAGCAAUGGGAACACACCAGCCGGCUAACGGAAAGCCUUGAGCGCCGGAAGGGCGGCGGACUUGUCGGUCUCGGCUGGUGGAGUGACGUUGCAUGGGCUCUUCGUGAGACCAAGGAGGGCGAGGAUGAUAGCUCUGCAGCUAUCACCGACAGGAGCUUAGAGGUUCUUCGGAGAGCCAUUGAAGCACUCUGA